UUGCCACUAUCCAGAAAGUAAAAGGCAUGGCAUCAUCUAUGGAAGCUAAUUUCUUCAUGCUUUUUCUGAUGCUUUUCUGUUCUUGUAUACACAAUAUUAUUUCUACUACAACAACAGAUUUAAUCAGUACAAAUCAAUUCAUCAUAGAUGGUGAAACUAUUGUUUCAUCCGGUGGAACCUUUGAGCUGGGAUUCUUCAACCCCAGCGGUUCCUCAAAUCGAUAUAUUGGUAUAUGGUACAAGCAAAUACUUCCUCAUAUCCAAACAGUUGUAUGGGUAGCAAACAGAGAAAAACCACUCACCAAUACAUCUUCAGUACAACUGAAGGUAACCAAGCCCGGAAUACUUGCUCUUUUCAACGAUAAGAAUGAAACUAUAUGGUUUACUAACACCUCAAGAUCAGUCCAGAAUCCAGUUGCAGUGCUCUUAGAUUCUGGUAAUCUUGUUGUAAAAGAUGCAAAUGAUAACAAUCCAGCAGAUUUCCUCUGGCAGAGCUUCAAUUUUCCGACUGAUACGCACUUGCCUGAUAUGAAGCUUGGCAAGAAUUUUAAAACUGGCCAUGAGGUUUACCUUUCAGCAUGGAAGAGCGAUAACGAUCCAGCUCCAGGAGAAUUCACUCGUAAUAUUGAUCCUACUGGAUAUCCACAGGUUCUCAGCAAAAGUGGCACAGAUGUAUUAAAUCGUAUAGGACCAUGGAAUGGUUUACGAUGGAGUGGGGCACCCAUACCACUACUAACACAAAGCAGACUUUACGCAUUUCAAUUUAUUUUCAAUGAGGAGGAGGCUUCCUAUAUUUUUUCUCUCACUAAUUACAGCUCAGUUUUAUCCAGAAUAGUCAUCACUAGCAAUGGUGAUAUACAACGCUUCAUGUGGGUGGAGCAAACAAAGAAAUGGCGUACCCACUACAAGUUACCUGCGGAUAAUUGUGAUACAUAUAGUUUGUGUGGUGAGCAUGGGAGCUGUGACAUAGAUACUCAACCUAUUUGUGGAUGUUUGGAGAAGUUUGUACCUAAAUAUCCACAACAAUGGGAAAAGGGAGAUUGGACAACAGGGUGUGUUCGGAGGAUACCCUUAGAUUGCAACAGGGAACAUGUAUUUAUAAAAUAUUCUGGAAUCAAGUUGCCAGAUACUAAGCACUCUCAGUACAAUAAAACCAUGACACUUGAAGGGUGUAGGCAAGUAUGCUCCACGGACUGCUCCUGCACUGCCUAUUCAAGUCUAGAUAUAAGUAAUGGAGACAAAGGUUGCUUAUUAUGGUUUGGGGAAUUGGUUGACAUCAGAAAGCUGUCAGAAAGAGGACAAGAUAUUUUCAUCAAGAUGGAUUCUUUAGAGGAAGAAUCUGAGGCAGGUUCGAAAAGAAAGAAGGCAACUAUACUCGCAGUGAGUUUCUCAUUGUUGAUGGCAACAAUUCUGCUAAUCCUGAUUUUAGUGUGGUACAAACGGAAAAAGAAGAAACUGAAACUCAGAGAAGAUUUUGAGCUGCCACUGUUCCCAUUGUCUACAAUAACAAGAGCCACAAAUAACUUUUCGGUCAACAACAAGAUUGGAGAAGGUGGAUUUGGACCUGUUUACAAGGGAGUACUGGAAGAGGGAGAAGAAAUUGCCGUGAAGAGACUGUCGAGGACUUCUAUGCAAGGAAUUGAUGAAUACAAGAACGAAGUUAUCUAUAUUGCCAAGCUUCAGCAUAGAAAUCUUGUGAGACUUCUGGGUUGCUGCAUCCAAGGGGAAGAAAAGAUGUUGAUCUAUGAAUACAUGCCUAACAACAGCCUAGAUUCAUACAUAUUUGGUUUGGAUUCUUAACCUAUUACAAAAGCUAAAAUGAGUAAUAAUUUGAUCUAGUAGUUAUAACAUGAAAAAAUCUGCUCACAAGAAAGCUUAUUUGCAGACCCAA